AUGUUUCCCAUGAAUACGGGGCUUUACCCAACGCCGUAUCACGUAUUAAAUGAUAACCCGACAUCUUUAGAGAGAUAUUUCGAUAAGUUAGGUCUACGGAAACGUGGUGACAUGAUUUGGAAAUUGAGUUAUCAGUUCGUCUCGUCAAAAUGGCGGCGGGCAAGCGACUUAUGCGGUAUCGGGAAGUACGGCGAGGAUGCAUAUAGAAUGCUGUGCUUGGGACACACGGAUUUGGAACCUGAUGACAGAUACUUAAGGCUGUAUUUAGAUUGGCUGCAGCGUGACACGCAGUUUAUGGAGCACAAUGGAAUGACGGACAGUGAAUUCAUGAUAGACGAUCCAGUUUUAAAGUAUUAUACAAUUAAUUUGAGGAGCAUUUAA